AUGGAGAACAUGGAGGAGAUGCUUUUGUCAAGCUGGUACCAUGUUCAUUCCACAGUGCCUUCAUCCUACGUGCAAUUACCAGAAAACAGACCUGGAAUGGUGGUUAGUUCUUUGCAUGAGGCCAUACCAGUUAUUGAUCUUGGAAAACGUGGUCGCGCUGAUCUCACAAAACAAAUUUUGAAAGCCUCUGAGGAAUAUGGCUUCUUCCAGGUGAUCAACCAUGGAGUUUCCGAGGAUUUGAUGGACGAAACACUGAACAUUUUUAAAGAAUUCCAUGCCAUGCCUUCAAAAGAGAAGGUAAAGGAAUGCUCCAAGGACCCAAAUGGAAGCUGCAAGAUUUACACAAGUGGUGAGAAUUACAAGAAAGAUGCCAUAAAUUAUUGGAAGGAUUCAUUGAUGCAUCCUUGUCCUCCUUCUGGAGAAAACUUUGAGUAUUGGCCUCAGAAACCAUCUAACUACAGGGAGAUUGUUGGAAAAUACAGCAGAGAAAUGAACAAACUUACCCUUGAAAUUUUGGAGAUUGUAUGUGAAGGGUUAGGGCUUGAGCCAAGAUUUUUCUGUGAUGGACUGUGUGAAAAUCCAUCAGUGGCUGCUCAUCACUACCCUCCAUGCCCUGAACCAACUUUAACAUUGGGCUUAGCUAAGCACAAGGACCCUACAAUUAUCACCAUUCUGCUUCAAGAUAAGGAGGUUGAAGGACUUCAAGUCCUUAAGGAUGGGACAUGGAUUGGUGUUCACCCUAUUCCCAAUGCUUUUGUGGUUAACAUUGGUCUACUCUUACAGAUUAUCAGUAAUGGAAGGCUUGUUGGUGUAGAACACAGAGCUGUGACAAAUUCGAGCAUUGCACGCACAAGUGUUGUAUAUUUCGUGUAUCCAUCAUUUGAAAGCAUCAUAGAACCUGCACAAGCUUUGCUCAAAGGAAACAAUACUCCACCACUGUACAAAUCCAUCACUUGCAGAGAGUUUCGUGCAAAUUUCUUUCAGAAGGGUCCUAAGGUUGAAGAAGAUUUAAAAUAA